GGUCCGAGCUUAUUCGAAUAUAGUCGAAACGCGUGCAAUGGGUAUUCGUUUGACUACGUUAAAGUUGCGGAAAGGGAGGAAAUUUGUAAAUAAUGCAAACUCAUUCGGUAAAUUUCAAAAAGUCGGAGAUACUUGCGAAUGACAAGUGUGAACUUCUCAGUUGUUUACCUGUUGCAACAAACAAAGCCCAGCUUUGGAGAAUUUCAACAAAAUCUGAAUAAUUGGAACAUCAGCCAGCAGAUAAACAUAACAUAACAUAAAUGUAAUUAAGAACUAACAAAUAUUACAUGUAUAAAAUGAAUCCCUCCGAACUGACAAUGAUGUGGAUGAAUCAAUAUAAUCCCGACCGUAUAUCACUAGAGGAAGCUACUUCAUUUUUCCAUCCAUCGUCUGUAGAUAUGACGCAUCAACAAACAGUGGACCUAAAUCCUGUAAUGAGUAUAGUUGGGGGGGAUUUUAGUGGCCAUGCGGCAGCUGCAGCAGCAGCUGUAGCGGCCUCUUCUGCUGCUGCCGCCGCUGCCUUGGGUGUCCAACCCACUACUCUAUUGGCUGCGAACACAAAUGAUAUUUACGGUCUGGCCCAAAUGGGUGGUUUGCAUCAACAACUUCUGCAACAAUCGGCAGCCACAGUAUUUCAAAACUACACCGCCAUAGAAGACGAUGACGGCUCCUCUACAGUAACCGGAAUUAAUAAUAGUUUGAAUGACGGUAAUAACCGUAUACAGACACAAUUUAUUACUAAUCACAAUCUGCAUCAGCAACAACAACAGCAACAGCAGCAACUGGUCUAUGACCAAAUGGAUAACGAUGGUUAUGAAGACGGUGUUGCCAAUCUCACUCCCAAACAGGAAAUUAUUAAUAUAGAUGAUUUUGUUAUGAUGACAGAUUCCAAUUCUUAUGAUGGCGCAGAAUUUGUACAUCCUGCGAAAUCAUCCGGUAUCGAUAUAACUCAACCAAAUAGUAUAGACGAGCAUGAUUUACUAGAGCCCCUCAGCCAAGAGCAUAAGCUUUUAUCGGAGGCAGCUGCAGCUGCAAAUCGAAAUUUAUUAAUGACAGCUCAAACAGCGUCAGCGUCGCCUUCAUCUGCUGGCGGCGGCAGUGGCAAUAAUAGUUUACGUGCCCAACGUAAGACUCGUAAAAUUGAACCUGUUAAUCGACCCGGUUUAGUAUUGAAAACCCCAAUUGCCUACAAGGGUAAUAUUGAUCCGUCAGUUAUACCAAUUCAAAAAGAUGGCAUGGCUGUUUGUGAGCGGUGCGGAGCAAUAGGUGUUAAGCAUACCUUCUAUACAAAAUCGCGUCGCUUUUGUAGUAUGGCAUGUGCUCGCGGGGAAUUAUACUCAUUAGUGGUCAAUAACAAAUCAACAAACCAACAACAUCAACAUCAAAGAGAAAAUAUGGAAAGUCUUCUAAAUGACCAACAAUUACAGUCCGAGCAGCAACAAAAGCAGCAGUCUUCAGAUAUAGAACUAGCUUUGCGUGUGGCUCAUAUUAAAAAUGCCAACUAUCGUUUCCGCAUUACCGAUCAAUCCAAAUUAACGCAAGUGAAUGGCUAUGAUGAAUCAGGAAACAACAACACAGAAAUAUCAGAAAACGUUGCAGAGGUCAACAGUGGUAGCAGUCUAGCGAAUAAUGGUUUAGAAUCGACAACAGCUGAUGAUGGUAGCGGCCUGCAGUUGAGUGCAAAUAAUCAGCAAGCGCCCAAAGCCGUACGUAUGUGUCGAGACGUUAUGCCUCAGGAAGAAUUGCCACAAAUACCAAAAUUAGAGCGUCUUCCGACGCCGUGUCCACAAUUGGAAAAAAUCAUUAGCAUUCGAAGACGGUUAUAUGAUCCUACGCAUUCAUUUGAUUGGACUCAACGUUUAGCGAGCAAAGAUUUCUUUGCGGCACCAGUAACAUGCUUCCCUCAUGCCCCCGGUUACGAUGUGUGGGAUAAUCUUGGCAUCGAUAUGAAAGUAGAGGUUGAAAAUACUGACUGUGAUCAAAUGGAAGUAAUACAACCAGGACAGACUCCACAUUCUUUUUGGGUCGCCACCAUAUUAAAUAUAUAUGGUUACAAGGCAUUGAUGAGAUAUGAAGGUUUUGAUGAUGACUCUCAUGAUUUUUGGGUUAAUCUCUGCAAUGCUGAAGUACAUUCUGUUGGUUGGUGUGCUACACGUGGCAAGCCUUUAAUACCUCCCCGUACCAUCGAAAAUAAGUAUAAAGAUUGGAAAGAAUUCCUAGUAAGCCGUUUAUCGGGUGCACGUACUUUACCAUCCAGUUUCUAUAAUAAAGUUAACGACAGUAUGCAAUCGCGUUUUCGUCUCGGCUUAAAUCUUGAAUGUGUAGAUAAAGAUCGUAUUUCCCAAGUGCGUUUGGCUACUGUAACGAAAAUUGUUGGGAAACGUUUGUUUUUGCGUUAUUUCGAUUCGGAUGAUGGUUUUUGGUGUCACGAGGAUUCUCCUAUAAUACAUCCAGUCGGUUGGGCUACAACGGUCGGCCAUAAUCUGGCAGCGCCGCAAGAUUACUUAGAGAGGAUGUUAGCUGGCCGCGAAGCCAUGAUUGAAGUGCAUGAGGACGAUGCGACCAUUGAGCUUUUCAAAAUGAAUUUCACCUUCGAGGAAUACUAUUUGGAUGGCAAAACGAAUGGAUUUAUGGAAGGUAUGAAAUUAGAAGCUGUGGACCCUUUAAAUCUUUCUUCGAUAUGUGCAGCAACUGUAAUGGCAGUUUUGAAAUUUGGUUACAUGAUGAUACGCAUCGACUCCUACCAACCAGACGCUACAGGUUCGGAUUGGUUUUGUUAUCAUGAAAAAUCACCGAAUAUAUUUCCAGUUGGUUUUUGUGCCUCAAACAGUAUUCCUUUAACGCCCCCUAAUGGCUAUGAUAUAAAUACAUUUAGUUGGGAAAUAUAUUUACAAGAAACGGGUAGUGUUCCAGCUGGAGAGCAUUUAUUUCACCGUGAAGUGCCUAAUCAUGGGUUUGAGAUGGGCAUGAGCCUAGAAUGCGCCGAUCUCAUGGAUCCUCGCUUAGUAUGCGUUGCUACUGUAGCCCGUGUAGUGGGUCGCUUGCUAAAAAUACAUUUUGACGGAUGGACGGAAGAAUAUGAUCAGUGGUUAGAUUGUGAAUCGGCCGAUAUUUAUCCAGUGGGUUGGUGUGUAUUAGUUAAUCACAAACUAGAAGGACCGCCAAUGCCUACACAAGCCGUUGCUAAAACGCCCUCUAAACCAAAAACGCAGAAACGACGCAAGAAAAAGAGUAACAGUAACACAACCGCAACAACAGCUCUCUCAACGCAGGCUAAACUCAAUAUUGAACAAGCAGCACAAGCAAAAAGUCGCACUAUAGCUUUAAAAACAAAUCCUCAUUUACCGAAACUAAGCAUUAAAUUGGAAUUAAAGCCUGAACAUCAAAAUCCUGCCUUUUAUGAGGACAAUAGCAUAGGUGUUAACGAUGACGAUGACGACGUGGCCGAUAAUUAUGAAGAGGAUAGCAACAGCGUGCAGUCGAAUCAAUCGUCAACAGCCCAUCUUAUAGAUACUUCGUCAUCGUCAGCAUCAUUUAUCGCGACGCACUCUGGCACAACUACCUCAUCAUCGUCAACAACAUUAUUGGUUAAUCCCGCUGCUGUUAAUAGCGAAAAAGUACGUAAAUCGAAUAAUAGAACGUCGGUAAAGAAAUCUCAAUCACCUGCCCCGCCUACUGUUAGGCGCAAGGCUAACAGUUAUAUUGCGAAUUCCUCAGUAAGUAAUAGUAAAUAUAUACCAAGAGUAAGUGACGGCGGGGAUACGAGUGCGUCUGCGGAUCAUAUUGGUGAAUUGAUGCCUGAUUCGUGGAAUGUUUACGAUGUUUCGCAAUUCCUACGCGUUAAUGACUGCACUGCCCACUGCGAUACAUUUAGCCGUAACAAAAUUGAUGGCAAGCGCUUGCUGCAGCUUUCCAAAGACGAGGUUAUCACAUUGUUGGGCAUGAAAGUGGGACCUGCCCUAAAGAUCUACGAUCUAAUACAACAACUCAAGUGUAAAGCCAACCCCAGCAAGUCACGUAUGCACAAAGCUAACAAAUUCUUAUAGUCUUUUUUUAAGAUCAUUGUUCAAAUUUUUUUCCCCAAUUUAAUUUCAUUGGCUUAGGUUGGAAAUAGUUUAAUAAUUAAAAUUAUAAUUUAGUUUUAAGUCAUUUAAACGUAGUAAAGGAAAAAAUUAUGCAUUGCCUUUUUA